GAGCAGCUGUUGUAGGGUUUGAAGAUGAAAAUCACGUUGGCAGUUAUUUGGGUCCUUCGAACAAGUCGACGAAAAAAACUGCUCAAGGCUCAAAUAAACUCGAAAGUUUCGUCUUGUACGGCAGUUUGCCCAGUGAGGUACGGCGAGAACAAGCGGAAAAAUUCAAUCGCAACGUGGACGAUUCGAUUUUGAUUGCAACGGAUUGCAUCGGUCUAGGGUUGAACCUCCGGAUUCGCCGCAUCAUAUUUGCCUCAGUCCACAAAUUUGAUGGGCGAGAACGUAGAGAGUUAACCCCGUUCGAGAUCCGACAGAUCGCUGGUAGGGCUGGACGUGGGAAGUCAGUCGGUGGGACUCCACAUGGUGGUCGCGUAGGGUGCUUCGCACCACAAGAUUUGGCGAUAGUGCGGUAUGCGAUGAGCGAUGCUGCGGGUAAGGAUCUGAAUACUACUUGUAAACGCGCUGACGUGAGGAAGGCUGAGCCUGAAAAUUGCACUUCGUCGUCGGGUGGUCGUUCCUCCGAGUCGUCCGAGGACGCGACACUCACUUCGACGAAAGCGGAAGAUUGUAGCGACCUUCAGGCACGUUUAGCACCAGAUGCGGAGAUGUUACUAGCUCUGGCAUCGGAGUUGAAAAGCACACGAACACGAGGCGACGCUACUUCUGCUGCUGAAGGAGGGACUGCUCCAGAGCCACGGUCUCAUCUAGCUGAAGUCCUUAAUACUAGCCACUGUGAAAGUGGCUUCAGUGGAGGAGCAGGAGCCACCGCAACCACGCAAGACUCGGCUAAUACAAGCGCACACAAGGACCAUAAUGCGCACACGGAAGAUACUCGACUGACCACAGUAGAACGUCGAUUCGAUGAAGGACGGGAACUGCCUUUUUCCCGCCUGCUGUCCGACUUUGCUGCCUUUGCACGCACUUCACGCCGCUACAAAUUGCAAGAUGUCGAGAGGUGGAAGCGAAUCGCCAAAAUUUGUCUUGAUGAUAAGACCAAAGCAGGUUCUAUGACUGUUCAGGAGCAGUUUAUCUUCGUUUCGGCGCCCAUUGAUGAAAGCGAUCUAGAGGUUCUGGCUGCUCUGCGCGGAUUCGUUGAGGAGUACACCCAAACUGGUGCUAUAGCAUUUCCGCAAAAGUAUGACUACUCAUCGUCGGGCCUUCGGAAAGCAUCAUCGGGAGAGUCCGCGAAUGACUUUCAGGGUCUUGCCGGAGAAGACUGUACUAGCUCUACGUCGAGGAGUGUGACGGCGCACGAAGAUGCUUCGAGGACAGCUGCCACCACGAAAGGUGAUCCUACAACUAUACUUGGUCCCACUACAACACUUGAAGCCGCGGCGUUUGUACCUGAUGAAGGCGAAUUUUCAUUGGAUGAAGAACCUGCAUUGCCGUCAAUCACGACCGUACCGGAAUUGCGACACGUUGAGAGUAUCUACAAGGUGUGCGAUCUGUAUCUCUGGUUGGUCCACCAACUGCCACGAGCAAGCGAACAAGGAGAGCGCAGCAGUACUUCUGCGAUGAACGGGGCGAGUACUUCUUCUUCUUCUUCUUCUACUUCUAGUACAAACACAGGCACACGCACAGGUGGAAUCAAAAUCAAAUCUGUGCGGCGCACGAUGCAACGGACUGCAGCUGCUAUCAGCACUGCGCUAACUACGCGUCUUUCGCUUGCUGAGGCUACGCCUGACCACAGUGCUGAGGGGGAGGAUAAGAUUAGCGAUGAGAAGGAGACAUAA